AUGGCACCCAAAAAGGGCCGCUCGCAAAAGUUUUCCGAGCUUCAAGAGAAGGCUGUCAAGGACUACGAUCCUGAAGCCGACGUCCCUGUUGAUGACAGUGAUGAUGAUAGCAACAGCGGUGGCGAUUCGGAUGGCCUCGCCGGCACCGAGCACUAUGUCUCUGUUGGCAAGAGCAAGCUCCGCCAGGCCGAUGUCGACAACCUUGGACCGCAGUAUAGAGGCAAGCGCGUGAGCCGGUCAGCACUCGACGAAAGCGACGAAGAUAGCGCAGAAGAGUCUGAUGAAGAUGACUCCGAGUCCGAGGGAGAUGACUCCGCUGAAGAGUUCGCCGACCCAGACACCGCCGACCUCGAGGCCGACCAUAUCGACGACGAUGAGGAGAUAGACAGCGACGAGGCACUUGGUGCCAGCGAUGAGGAGAAGUUUGCAAAGUUCACUUUUCGUGGCAGCUCAAAGCCCAGAGUCGAAAGCACACGCCGCAGCAAGCGCCCCAUUGCAGCUGAUUUCCUGAGUGACUCUGAGGAAGAUGAGGACGAUGCCGGCAGCGCCGAGUCGGACCUGGGUGAAGGGUCUGGGGGCUCGGGUGAUGAAGAUAAUGGGUUGGAGAGCGACGAAGUCUCUGGUUCAAUCGAAGCUUCAGAAGACGAGGAUGACGAUGACGACGAGGAUGACGAAGAAGAAGACGAAAACGGUUCAGAGGGCGAAAGAGACGAAGAGUCAAGUGGCAAGAAUGCAGAUCUCAGUGCCCAACUCCGCAAGAUGAUGGGACAAGAUGGUUCACAAAACACAGGAACGCAGUCACAAGCUGCUGGUCUAGACAAGGGACGCGCGGUUCGUCAGCAAAGACGCUCGUUCGACUCGCUUCUAAACAUCCGUAUUCGACUUCAGAAAGCGUUGGUCGCUGUGAACUCCAUGAGCGCUCUGCCCGAAAACGAGUUUACUGAGGGCCAGCCGUAUCAGGCCGCCGAGGAAGCGGCGCUGAAGCUAUGGAGCACGAUCGACACCUUCCGUCGGUCUCUUACGCCGGGCUUGUCGACAACAUCAGCUGGCCAAAAACGGAAAAGAGACGUUGACACGGAUACGCCUCUGCAGGAUCUCUGGGAAGACAUGGGGGUGGUGGAAGCUAGGGCAGCAUCCUACAGGAAGAAGGUGUUGGAAAAAUGGUCCAGCAAGACGAAGAGCACCACUGCCGUCACAGCCAAGAGACAGUUGGGUACUACCACGGUUGAUUCGCUGACUGCGAUCCUCGAGGACCAGUUGGUCAACCCUGAUCGUUUGGUCAAGCGCACGCGUGUUCCCCGGUCGUGUGCCCCGAUACAGUCUAGCAAAAAGUUACAAGAGGACGAGAACAUUUACGACGAUGCCGACUUUUACCAGCUCCUGCUCAAGGAGCUCGUGGAUCAGCGGACAUUGGACGGCUCUGCUGGAGGUGCCGGAGGAUCUGUGCCGACGGUGAAGUGGGCAGCCGUCAAGGAGGCCAGGACCAGGAAGGUGGUGGACCGAAGGGCUAGCAAGGGUCGCAAGUUGCGUUUCACUGUUCAUGAAAAGCUGCAGAACUUUAUGGCACCGGAGGACCGGCGGACGUGGGAGCAGGACGCCAUCGACCGCUUCUUCGGCACGUUGUUUGGUCAGAAGAUGGAGUUGCGCGAGGACGUCGACGGCGCUUCCGAGGAUGAAGAUAUGGGCGGCGUCGAUGUUGAUGGCCCUGGCCUCAGGCUUUUUGGCUAG